AUGGUUAUUUCCAUUACUUUAAAAUCUGUCUCGCAUUCAACCAAAACCCAUCUCAAAGUCAUACCCCCUCUUAUGCAAUUCAACAUCUCCUUCUCUUCUUGCCAAAUCUAUCAUCCCGCCCCCCUUGAAUCCCUACGAAAAACCCAUUUGCUCCUUCUCGUCACUGGCCGCAGACCAGACACCGCAUUCACCUCCAAACUGUUGAGCUACUACUGCAGAUUCGGAAGAAUUACGGAUGCGCAGAAACUGUUCGGCGAAAUGCCUGAUAAGAAUGUUGUUUCCUGGUCAACUAUGAUUUAUGGGUAUGCAAGAAACGGGUUUUAUUUGGAACCUCUGAAACUCUUUUCACAGAUGCAGGUUUCAGGUGUUGUUCCCAACUCUUUCACUUUGGUUGCUAUUCUUGUUUGCUCGGCUGGCUUGGAGAACCUAAACCUUGGGAGUGCUGUCCAUGGUCGAGUUGUGAAAACUGGGCUGGAGUACAAUUCAUUUGUUGGGACUGCAAUGUUAGAUACUUACGCUAAAUGUGGGAAUAUUGCUGAUUCUUAUAAAUUAUUUAAGCAGAUGGAUGAACUGAGUUUGAUUUCAUGUAAUGCAUUAAUUUCCGGUUACGUCCGUAAUGAACUAUUUGAAGAAGCUCUAUUACUGUUUAACAAAAUUCGGGUAUUUGGUCUGGUACCCAAUUUUGUGACCAUGUUGAGUGUUAUUCAGGGUUGUAUUGCUAUUGUGUCAGUUAGCCUGUGCAAGAGUGUGCAUGCUUACAUUGUUAAAAUCGGGCUCGAUUUGAAUGUCUACAUUCUCAAUUCAGUUCUCGACAUGUAUUUGAGUUUGGGAAAUUUAGACGUUGCGGCUGAAUUUUUCCAAAAUAUGGUUUUUAAGGAUGUUAUUAGUUGGACAACAAUGAUGGCUUCUUUCGUGCGGUGUGGGCGUGCUUCUGACUGUUUGAAACUGUUCUCUCAAAUGAGAGAUUAUGGCAUUCAUCCUGAUACAGUGGCUGCAGUUAAUAUAAUAGCGGCUUGUGGUCUUUUGGGAGAUUUGAUGAGAGGGAGAUUAAUCCACAGCUGGAUCAUGGUCGUUGGGUUUUUCUUGGAGCUUUCUGUUUCGAAUUCUCUAAUUGUAAUGUAUUCCAAGUGCGGGGAUUUGGACUCUGCAAGAACUGUAUUCAAUUGUAUGGUCGAAAAGAGUUUGGUUUCUUGGACUGCGAUGAUUUCAGGGUAUGUGCAGAAUGGGCAGCCUAGAGGGGCACUGAGAUUGCUACUUACAAUGAGAAUCAAAGAAAAUUUUGAUCUUGAUUCAAUAACUUUGGUUGGUGCACUAACAGCUUGUGGCGAACUAGCUGGCUUAGGGCUCUGCAAGCAGUUACAUGCCUAUGUAUUUGCAGCUGGGUUUCUUCAAUACAACUCAAUUCAAAAUAGCCUUCUGAUGACUUAUGCAAGGUGUGGAGAUGUAGAGAUUGCUCAUAAUGUAUUUAGAGAGAUCGCUUGUCCAGAUAUAGUCUCAUGGAAUGCUAUGAUAUCAGGAUAUGGAAUUAAUGGCAAUGGAGUAGCUGCUGUCUCACUCUUUCAUGAAAUGGUGAAAAGUAGUGAAGAGCCAGAUAAUGUGACAUAUCUUAGUGUGUUGAAUGCUUGUAGCCAUUCGGGAUUGGUGGAUGAAGGGUUGAUGACUUUUAGUCAAAUGGUGAAUGAGAAGAGGAUUAGACCGAGAGAAGAACAUUUUGGGUGUGUAGUAGACAUGCUUGUUCGUGCAGGGCGCUUUGAGGAUGUGAAUGAAUUUGUCAACAAUGUUUCUGGGGAGGUGGAUUUGAAUGUUUGGAGGGCUUUGCUGGGUGGGUGUCGGAUCCAUAAUAAUGUUACGCUUGCAGAACUGGCAGCCAAUAAGGUGUUCCAGUUAGAUCCUGAAGAUUCGGGCCAGGUCGUGCUACUUUCGAAUCUCUAUGCAUCUCUUGGAAGGUUUGAGGAGGCUGAGGCUUUGAGAUUGAGCAUGAGACUGAAGGGAUUGACGAAGAACCCAGGGCUUAGCAUGCUCGAUGUGGUGCCACAUGAUUUUGGCUAG